GGUCAAAUACUAUGCGAAGGGCUUCUAAUAUAUAGAUUUCGUUUCUAAUUUUCUUAAAAUUUAAUAAUUUACAAAAUCGAAUAGAAUUAAGUAAUUACAAAUGUAUACCCUUUGAAGAAAUCCAAUAGUUAUGUUUUAACAUAUACUUAUGUACAUAUGAAACAUGUACAUAUAUGUAUAAAAAAAUGAAAAGUAGUGGUGGUAAAGUUGUUAAAAAAAUGUGAAAAAAAUUGCUUCGAUUGUUUGGCAGAGUUUUACACGAGCAAGCGUAGAUGAUUAUUAGAAUUGCGAGCACAAUAAUGGUGACGGUGACUACAACAAAAGUAACGUUGAGGCCGACAGUAGAAGACCUAACAACAACAGGGAAGGCGGUGGUAAAACGUUGGGUGCAACAUGAGGGAGUUGCUGAUGGCAUGCGUCGGCAAUACGGUAUCAGCUGACUAAAAUAAAAGCGAAAACGCCAGCUAAAGCAACGCCUUUCUCCUAUGCAACAUGUUGAUAUAUUCUUAAACAAAAACAACGACAAUUCGAUUAAAAAACAGUUACGAUAAGAGCAACAUUAACGUAAUAAUUAACAAAGCGAUGAAAGCUAUUUUAAAUUUCAUAUCUUCACUGAAACACCAUUUAGGCGUUUCAUCCAAAUGAUUCAGAGUUAUUUCGCAUAAUUCCAGCUUGAUAUCCACGAAGAGCAUAAAUAAAAGAUGUUGCUCAUAAGUGCGCUCGCACUAGGCUUGGUGGACACGACAAAUUAUAAUGUGGGCAUUCACUUGGGUGUAUUUAAUUUGGCGACAACGGCGGUAGCUGCAGCUACUACAGUGGCGAUAAAUACAGCGGUCGCUGCGGAUGAUGUGGAUACUGUGAUAGGCGGUGGCGCGAUGCCCAUGGCAGCCACAGAAAAUGGGGAGUUAGAGAGUUCCCAAGUGAACGCUCUGACAGCAGGGACCGUUAGUGGCACUUCCAUAGCGCAUACAACAACAUCGGUUGGGAGCAGUGCGGGAAGUGGCACCAUCACAUGGGACAACAAUGGUACUCUUCGGUCACUUAAUCCAGGCGACUGGUCGAUUGAACAAUGCGUGAUUUGGCAAAGACCUCAUCAUCUUUAUUUCCAAUUGGGAAAUGCCUUCUUUUUACUGGCAUUUCUGGCGCCACACGGACCUUUCGGCGCUUUGUGGUUACGCGCGCUCAUUCUCAUCGGGUGCACACUGAUGGCAAUGUAUGGCUACCUGGUGGAGUGUAAGCCCGAUGUAGUACUUUGGUCUGGACUAUUUUUCGUGGUCAAUUUUAUUUACCUGAUUAUUGUGCUGUGUCGGUUGCGGCCGGUUCGAUUCGAUAAGGAAAUUGAGGGGGUGUACGCCAGCUUAUUUAAGCCACUCCGCGUGACGAGGCAUCAAUUCAAAAAGAUAUUGAAUUGUAUGAAACUAAUACGAUCGUUGAAGUACCAGGAGGUGUAUGCACAGGAGAAAGUUACCAAAGUUGAUAGCUUAUCACUCGUACUGUCUGGGAAAUUGGUUGUAUCACAGAACCAAAGAGCUUUGCAUAUAGUAUUUCCUCAUCAGUUCCUAGAUUCGCCCGAAUGGUUUGGAGUCUCUACUGACGAUUAUUUUCAAGUAUCUAUAAUGGCUAUGGAAGAGUCACGUGUUCUUAUUUGGCAUCGUGACAAAUUAAAAUUAUCUAUAAUGGCCGAACCGUUUUUACAAUCGGUCUUCGAUCAUAUUUUGGGGCGGGAUGUCGUUAAAAAGCUAAUGCAAGUAACUCAGGUGAGUGAGUCUAUAGCAAGUAACGGGUUUUUGCCAACGGCCAAUUAUGACGAUGCAGAAGACAAACCAAUGUUGAUUAUGAAGAAAAAUGUGGAAGGUCAUGGACUAACGGCAUUAAUAAAUCGCCAACUUCAAGAAGAGCAUGUACCAUUACUUGGCCGUACCUAUAACACCAAAACAAUGCGUUUGGUGACUAAUCCACCAGUGCAAGCGACAAGCGAAAAAAUCCCAUACCCAUCUGCUGGCCAUACAAAUUCCGCACGCAAAGAGUUAACGUCUCCAUGCUAACUGAAAAUGAAUGACUGAGGCUAAGCGAGCGAUAUAAAAUCGCAAAAUCGUAAGCGCAGGCAAAAAACGCGGCCUCAGGUGCAGGUGCAAACGCAAAUGACGCUAAACUUAACGGUACAGUCAUUUGACUGCAUUCACGCCCAAUGCCGCCCACACGCCACCAACGCUUCCACCACCGUCCCCCAGAUACACAGAUACCCGAAAAUGCCAUCAUACUCAUACUUACUUACUUACGUACAUAUUUAUGCAUAACUAACAUUCAUCUAAACACAUAACAGCUUUUUUAUAAGUUUAUAAACCAACAUUCAAAGUUCUAAAUGUUUUAUAUAAAUAUAAAUACAUACAUGUGUAUGUAUGUAUGUACGGUCAUACAUGUUGUAUGUUAGUUCAUUUACAAAUAUGUGCAUACAUAUAUAUUGUGUAUUUAUAUU